ACGAGAAGCACGCGUUUCCGAUCGCAAAGUAUCCGCGACAAAAACCCCCACAAUGUGGUCGUGUUCUCGAUGUUCAGUGGUUAUUUACAAUACUUUUACCCUGAUAAUUGGCUGCUUUGUUGCACUGGUCUGUCUUUACGAGAUGGUCUACCAACUGGAUGAGCAGGUCCAUAUGGAAACGAUUCCCAUCGAAGCAUAUAAGAUUACACAAUUCAUAAUGGCAGGCAUACUCGUACUGGCCGCUAUCAUUGGCUGUGCGGGCGCUUUCUCGGGCUCCAAAAAGGUGCUUGUGGUGCAUGUGGCUUUGUUGGUGCUGCUAAUUGUUGCACACGUCGGCCGAAUGGCGCUCUACAAUGAGUACAAGCGUAUGGAUGCCAUAGAGAAGCGUGUAAUGGACACUUGGAACAUACAGCUAUCGCAUGGUUAUGUCUUUGGGACGAUUCAGUACAGGUAUCAAUGCUGUGGUGUCCAGGACUUUAUGGACUAUAAUAAACUGAACAUUACAGUGCCAGAAAGCUGCUACCCCAAUUUCAAUAAUGGAUAUCCCUAUCCCGAGGGCUGCAUGACAGCAGUUAAACAUGGCCAACUAAAUGUCUACCGCUAUGAUAUGUUGAUACACUGCGGACUCAUUGGCUAUGAGAUUGUGGGCAUCAUAUUAGCCCAAACUUUGAGUGGUAAGCUGACCACUUCAACACGUCGCUAUGCCUACUAAAACUACGAUUUAUAUGCUGCAUUUGAUUGUACAAUAAACGAUUUAUUGCAUGUGAUGAA